ACGAUGGUCAGGAAUAUCUCUACAAAAUACGAGCUUCCUCCCAAUCCAACCUUCAAGGAAUUUGAACGCUCAGACGGAAACCCUUCCUUAUGGCCCGCCAACACUCAACGCGUCGUAGACAAGGAUGGGCAAGUAAACUACAUGGAAUAUCUACCUCUGGAUCAUCCCACGGCGAUUCAUUGGCGCACUGGGGUUGCAAAAGCACUAUCAAAAGCUCUAAACUGGCCGGCGGGUUCUUCGUAUGCUCUGGGAGGAUGGCCUGCUGGAUACAGAUUAUUCUGCCAUAACAAGGGUCCGGAGAAGAGUCCCAGACAAGAUGUAUACUUGUUUGGCUCAAGAGCAACAAACAAAUUUCGCUCUGUGAACGAGUUUAUCCCGCAUGCCAGAUGGCUUUUUGAAGACGCCGCAAUGAACCCCGCGAACUGCGAAUGCAAAUACUGUUCAAAAAAAUCUCAGAGGGAGAUUACUGCAAACAUGGGCAAUGAGGGAAUAAUUGAGGUUCCGAGCUUUAUUCAAUCUGUUGUUUCAUCUUCUCCAGCUAAUCCUCGACGUCCUCCGAAAACUGCUCGAGAACCAAUCGCUCAUUACGGCGUCCAGAAGGCGCCCAAAGCUCUACGUCGAUCGAUCCAUUCACAGACAAGUAUGCAGCUGAGAAGAUGGUGUAGAAACGAUGAGGUUGUGUGGUGUGCUUUAAAUACACCUAUUACAGGGCCACACGGGAAUGCUAUUCGAUUUUGGCCGUCUUUGAUAGAGGAUACGACGGUCAAAAUCCUGGCACAACCUAAUUCAACCACAUCCGAGAACCAAGCUGGACCUUCUUGCGAGAAAAGUGAUGAUCCACCUUGGGAUGUAACCCAAUACACUGUCUACAAAGUCAAACUUCUUGCUGUGGCAUGCACCUGGAACGUUCCGGACCAUCAGGUGCUCCCAUACCAAGCAUAUCAUCCACCUCAAUCCCUCCUCGACGCCAUAGAUGAAAUGCCCUCAUCCUCCCUGAACUUCGAUCGGGAAAGUUGCUCGCAAUUCAAUCCUUGCCCGGACAUGGAGAGCCCUCGUAGUUCCUCUGCAGCACCUAUCUCAUUUGAAAACGCGGCUGGCCCCUUUGCGGUAGCAGUACAAAUUGCAGCUCAAGUCUCUCGAUUUUGGGGUUUGUCAGAUCCUUGGGAGUUCGCUUAUAGUAUUCCGCAGUCCUCGUCAUCAUGGGGGUCAUCUCAUCCCCAGAAUUCAGCUCCUCCCACUUUACAAGAGGUUAUAACCUCCGCCGGUGCAUCGAAUGCAGCUGCAGUAAACUCACGUCCACCGCUACCUCAACCUCCACCGAAUCAGUAUGAGGCGGAUAUCUCAGCCUCCCGCCCCAUCAGUCCGAGUCGAUAUAACCAAGUGUUAGGUGUUCCCAAUCCGUUAUCUCCGGAUACAGGCCCCAGUCAUACUAUCACUCAGACUCGUUAUCAGGGCAUGUGGUGGGGUCCCGAACGAAUAUGGGCGGACGACUUUGUCAGAAUCAAGAUGCCUCGCAGCGCAUUGGCACCAAAUGGUGCAAAACACAUCUUUCCGCCGUCUGGACCAAGCAAAUCAGUCGUCAAGCUGUAUCAAGAGAAUAGUCCAGAUGGUCCUCCAGCAGAAUCCAUUCUUGGCGCACAAUCGCGGGGAAUCUUCAUGCGAUUAGACUCUUUGGUGCUAGUAGACGUCCCUACUUACGACGGAGAUGGAGCUCGGGGUAAGACAACAAAGGAGUGUAGAGCAACAGGGAUGUUAUAUGAGCUUGCGGAUCAGGAUUGGGAAGAGUCUGGUCAGAUCAGUGAUAAUUUCAAAGACAGCAAUGGUAUUUCAACCUCGAGAGCCUCUUCCUCAUUUGGAGAACCCAAUACCAACCUUCUCCAGAAUUUCGGUGAAAUGUCAUUGCCCCAACCGUCAACAUUGGAGCCAACUGUGUUGCCCAAUCCAGAUCCAACUGUCCCCGUAGAGGCUACAUCCCUUGAUAUCCUUAGCCAGCAAACGCCUUCUGAAGGCAGACCCAGAAGGAGUGUUGGAGGUAGCUCGCCUAAGGAGCAUACAUCAAUUACUGAACAGCUUUCCCGUCCCUCUACCUCCAAUAGCUUCCUGAUGCCAGCUGCCCCUACUGGAUACAAGUUCCGCCCUAUACUUGAAGAGGGUUACGAAGCUGUAUUCUCGUUGGUGUUGAUCAGCGGGAGGUAUUACCCUGGGAUCCUGAACCACCCUCUGCUAGAUGAGUCACUUGAGAUGGCGACCCAAGCACUGGUAAAGCCUAUACAAGUUGAUGGAGAUGAUACGGACUCUGACGGGGUGAAACAAUAUGAUGCCCUUUGGGCGUUAGAGGGUUUAACUGCGGGCUAUAGGAACUCAGUUGACCCGGCUCAUUACAAAAUGACUAGGAAGAAGAUGGUGGAUGACGCGGACAAGGUGGCACGAGCUGAGUUGAACGAAUACAAAGCGAAUCGUGGUCGAGGGGAAGGUACAAGUGGCAUGGAAAUUGAUGACCCUCAACCUCCUACUGAGAAUCAUGUCCCUAUGGAACUUGACGCGCCUUUUUAG